GUGCAGGCUAAUUAUAUGCAGGGCGAGAGAAGACCCCUCUGUGUUUCCGAGGCAGCCCCGGUCCGCGGCCAGCGGAUCUGGCAGGCGCACAAUGUCUCACUUUGCUUCUCGGCUUGGGGCUGCAAGGGCGGCUGGCGAAGCGGGGAGGCGACUUCUAGGACCCGCAAGUUUCCCAACUACGUGCCGGAGCCCGGGCUUCGCCUUCCUGCCAAGACUGGAAGGAAAGAAAAAGGAGAUCCACUAAACAUUGCAAUCGAUAAGAUGACCAAGAAAACGAGAGAUCUAAGGAGACAGCUUCGGAAAGCAGUGAUGGAUCACAUAUCUGAUUCUUUCUUGGAAACCAACGUCCCUUUGCUAGUUCUCAUCGAGGCUGCAAAGAGUGGGAAUGAAAAAGAAGUGAAGGAAUAUGCCCAGGUUUUCCGUGAACAUGCCAACAAGUUGGUGGAGGUUGCCAAUUUGGCCUGUUCCAUCUCCAACAAUGAGGAAGGGGUGAAAUUAGUCCGGAUGGCAGCCACUCAGAUUGACAGCCUCUGUCCCCAGGUCAUCAAUGCCGCCCUCACGCUGGCUGCCCGGCCACAGAGCAAAGUCGCUCAGGACAACAUGGAUGUCUUCAAAGACCAGUGGGAGAAGCAAGUCCGAGUGCUGACAGAGGCUGUGGAUGACAUCACCUCAGUGGAUGACUUUCUUUCUGUCUCAGGUAAUCAGCAGCAGGCCCCGCAGAAGACAGCUAGGGAGGAGGACAGGAUGAGAUAA